AUGAAUACUUCAAAAAGUAUAUAUGAUCAACCUCUCAAUAAUUCAAUUUCAAAACAAAGAUAUACCUUUUCAAAAGCUCCUCGUGAAACCUAUUCAACUAAAUAAAUGUAUUCUCUUCAUUCUAACCUAGUAAUGGAUCUAUGUACAACCUUCCGGAUAGUUUAAGCAAGAGAAUGGCUGGAAUUGGUUAUGGCUCAAAGUAAAUUUUGUUACAAAUACCUUCUAGACAUGAUUUUACAAAAUAUGUUAAAUAAGUUCCAGCUCCAAACAAAUAUGAUAUCAAGAGUUUCGCUGAUUUGAACAUAGAAGAUAAGAAAGGAAUUCAAUUUGCUUUGGGCAGAGAAGAUACUUGGUUAUAAGGGAUUUGGGCAACUCUUACUUAAACCACUCCCCCUCCAGAUCGUUAUUAAAUACCAAGCACAGUUACAAGAAGACAAAAGUUUACUUUUGGAUAAAGAACGCAAUCAUUACAGAAAUUUAAUACUCCAGGUAUAUGAUUAAAGGAAAUAUCCAAAAAGGACCUGGCAAUUAUGAGUAUGUGUAAGCCAUAACAUAAAAAGGAGUUUAUCCACUCUCUAAGUUUCAAAACUCAGGAGCCUGCAUCAUUGGAAAAGAUCAAGAGAGAUUUAAGACUUUCGGAGGUAAUUCUGAAUAUCCAAAUUAGUAAAUGAUUAUCCUGAACCUGGAAGAUACUCACUUGAGAAUACAGGUAUUAAUUAAUCAGGCAUUUACCCAAAGAAUGGGAUGAGAUCUGCAGUGCAAUAGACUUUUAGUAAAUCUACAAGAAAAGGACCUUAUGAAAUAAAUAAAGUCACACCUGGUCCAGGACGAUAUAAAAUGUUUUCAGAAUUUGAUUAAUGA